UGUCUAAAGAUGUAACCGCCUUUAGUAAAAAACUCCACUGCACUAACUAGGAUCAAUUUUAUUAGGAUCCUAUCCUGCCGCGACGACGUUUGACGUGUUGCCACCCUAUCACACUUGCAUACGAAUUUACAAGUGCGACAGAGAGGCAACACGUCGAACGUGGUUCGCGUUAGCGUUAGGCCCUCGGUAGGGCGACUGAAAAAGUAAAAUGUUCACACAUCAUUAGCGGGAAUUUCUACAAGAAAAAUGUUACCAUACACAUUUCAUUCAGAACAUAGACUAUUAAUAAUAUAAUGACUUUUGCACAAAACGGCUAAAGUCGCAAGGCUUGUAACAAAUAUAUUUACACAGUGUCACAGUCCUUUACAAAACGCGGUCCAUGUUUGUGCUACUGCGACGAUAAACGCUAUAAGCGCGACAAUCGAAGUUCGUCAAUUGCGGACAUAAGUAUGGAAAUGAAAUGGUAGAGCCGGGAGAUGACAGAACGAGAUGCUCUUAUGGAUCUUUCGGUAGGAGUAACAGAGAAAGCGCUAUGAUUGUUUGUCCUUGUCACAGUCAUUUUUUUAUCCCAGGACACGUUGUCAGGAAUAUUAAAACGUGUAUUUAAUGUUGUCGCUUUGCGUAUGUUCUGUCCCUCACGGGCGCACGCGGUAUGGCACAUCUAUAGGAUCCUACCAUCUAUGUGAAAAAAACUCUAGUCUAUGGUUACUGUGAUCUGUCAAUGUCAAAUGCCAUUGUCAAAUUUGUCAAAGUUUUCAUGUCAAUCAAUCGAACUCCAUGGCCCAGAUUGUUUGUUUCUCGCAGUUCGAUUUUUCAAAGGAAUUAUGAGUCACUCCAUUGUUAUUAAAUAUGAAUAGUAUAUUUCAAAUACUAUAAUGUGUAGUGCAAUAGAGUUUCAAAUACAUACGGUUUAGGUGUCUGUGUAACGUGAGAAAUGAUAGUUUAUACUAAUUGAAACAUUGUAUCUCAAAUAAACAUUUUAAAGGAGUUCGCUAUCUCUUAAUGUGAAAUAAUAUAACACAGUUAUCAUGUGGUCCGUUUGGGUAUUGCUGUGGAAGCACAGCCUUAUGAGAAAACGGAGAUACAUUAGAACAUUUUUCGACUACUUUUCUCCGUUAUUGUAUUUUGUGCUCAUACACCUGACUACUGGUCCAAGUUUACUCGGAAGACAUGAGAAUGUUCAUUAUACGGAGCCAUUCAGCCUGGAGAAGUAUGGGCAGCACCGUGUCCGAGUGCUGUUCACACCGGACACGGACCACACCAACAGACUCAUGGAUGAGGUUGGCGCUAAACUCAAACUUAAACGACUGGAUCAUCUGCCGGGAAUCAAAGAGUAUGGCUUCUUCCCGUUCUCAAAUGCGUCGGCGCUCUCAAUACUGGAAUACUCGAAGGAUAUGGGCUAUGAGGAUGCAAUUGUCAUAUUUGAGGAUAUGGAGUCAGAAAUGUGGCCGAAGAAACUGAACUACACUAUUCGGAUGAAGAACAAUUUCAUGACCAACCAAUACGAGCCCGAAGACCCGUUUGAUAUGGGUCAUCAUGAGUACUUUGGUAUGCAGUACGAGGAGUUUAUGCGCCUGCAGUGGGCCAUAGACACCAGCUAUUUGCGACUUCUGACUGGCGCCAAUAUAGACCAGACCAUGGAGCUCCAAGAAUUUCCCUUUGCGGCCGCCCACUUCAACACCAACGUAGUGGCCGUGAGCCAGCUUUCAGCAUUCUUAUUGCCGUUCGCACUUACACUCACAUUCGUAUUCCUCACGGGCAGACUUUUCGAGGAGAAAAACAGCGGAAUGCAUGAGCUGGUGAAAAUGGUAGGCGUUUCGUGGGAAGAGCUAGGCGUGUCCCACGUCUUAGACCUAGUUCCCCAUCUCCUUCUCUACGCAGUGGGCGGCGCACUGUUCUACAAGAUUGACGACCUCAUACCCGUUACAUGCGGAUUCUAUAUAGCACUGGCGAUGGCACUGCAUUUUUUGACUGUGGUGGCGCUGGCGUUCGUCACAGUUUACGUGUUCAAUAUGACGCAAUACCUAGAACUGAUCACCAUGUCAGUGUAUACCGCGUUCCUGGUCGCCAGUAUGCUGAGCCAGAAGCUCAAGAGUCGCGCCUUGUGUCUGCUGUGCUGCCUGCUGCCACACGACCCGUUCGUCCGAUUCUGGCGCGCGCUCGGUUCUAGGGAGAUGUUCGGUGGCAGCAUAUCGAUCACAAACAUGUGGACGUGGAACGCAGCCGAACAGACCGCCGUCGCCGAACUGUAUCUGUUUAUGGUGCUGCAGAUAAUCCUGCUGUCUAUGAUCGCCUGGUACCUCUCUAGGGUGCGGCCGGGGAAGUACGGGCAAGCGUUACCCUGGAACUUCCCAUUUAGUAAAGACUAUUGGUACAUGCAGCCAAAAGUAGAGGCUGCGCCAGAAGAGACCCAGUUCGACCCAUGUGAGGCCGACCCGCGCUACUUCGAGAAGGCCCCCGCUGGCCUCCCGGUUGGCAUACAGGUCAACGAUGUCUGGAAGUCGUUCGGCAAAGACCCGGCACUCAGUGGCGUGAAUUUAACCGUGUACCGCGGCGAGAUCACCGUACUGCUUGGCCAUAACGGCGCCGGCAAGACCACGCUCAUCAACAUCAUCACCGGUCUGAUAUCGGCAUCGUCCGGUCGCGUUCUGGUGGAAGGCAAGGACACAGUCAAGCAAGCGAAGGACGUUCGCAAGCUUAUCGGCCUCUGUCCGCAAGAGAACAUCUUCUUCCCGCAUCUUACUGUGCUGGAGCACGCCAUGUUUUUUGCUAUGCUCAAAGGCCAAACAUACUCACAAGCCCACAAGUCAGCCAUGGACCUAUUCUCCAAACUCCAACUAUCAAACAAAGCGAACGCGUUGACAUGCGCGUUGUCAGGCGGCAUGAAGCGGCGCGCGCAGCUGGCCUGCGCUGUGGCUGGCGGCGCCCAGGUGCUCGUGCUGGACGAGCCCACUAGUGGGCUGGACGUCGAAACUCGCCGCGAGCUGUGGGACUUACUGCUGAGUCUGCGCGGUGAGCGAACGGUACUAUUAACAACACACUUCAUGGAAGAAGCGGACGCCCUGGGUGACCGGAUUGCAGCUCUGCACCACGGCCGAGUGCGCUGCCACGCCACUUCUAUGUUCCUUAAGCGAGCCAUUGGCACCGGCUACCGUCUUUCGUUCACUACAAUCGGCGCGCCUAAAGAGGCGGCCAUCACAUCGUCCAUCACCGCCGUCGUGCCGAACGCGACCAUCCGCGACCGUCGUCCGAACGGCGUGUCCUACAAUCUCCCAGCGAAAGACACUGCAAGAUUCCCUCAGCUCUUUGCAUCGCUGGAAGAUGCGCGCUCUAAGUUGCAAAUUGAUACCAUUGGUGUUGGCAAAAGCACACUCGAUGAAGUGUUUUUAGAGCUGUGCAGCGACGACAAACCAGCAUAUACGGAGGAACCAGACAACACCACAACAGAGCCGGUCCAUGGGACGGUAAAGGGCCCAACGUUGUACGCUCGCCAGUUCGCAGUGUUAUUGCUGAGGCAGUGGCGCUACAUCACUUCUCAAUUGCUUUCUUUCUUGGGCAUUAUAGUAUUCGUAACAUUACUCCUCUGGGCCUUCACUUCCGUGGCCAACAACAACCCGUUCGGCAUGCAGCAGACCGAGAAGCCGGACGCGGCGGCGCCGAUGAGCCUGGAGCUGUACGGGGCGCGCGCGCCGCGCCGCGUACUGCUGCACGUGGACCGCGACACGCUCGGCGCGCUGCAGGUGGCCUUCAAGGGCGUGCAGUUUGAGGAGGUCCAGGAUGUCGUUGAUGCUAUAAUUCGGAUCGGCAAAGAAGACGUCGCGGAGUACAACAAGUACCUUGUGGGAAUCGAGAUCAACGACACAAAUAUUAAAGCUCUGUAUACGACCACAGUCCGCCACGCGGCGCCCGUCGCGCUCAACCUGCUAAGUAACGCGCUCAGCGCCCGCCUCGUGGCCGGGGCCGGCGCCCGCGCCAUCGCGACGCGCAACCACCCGCUGCAGGGCGCCUUCGUACCCUUCCAGGAGAAAAUCAAGUUACCCAAGCAGAAUGAACAGAAGUUUAUAUGGACCUGCAACAUUGCUAUGGUGGUGCUCUUCUACCUGUGCACGUUCUCGAAGCUGCCCUGCUCGGAGCGGCUGUCCGGCGCGCGCCACGCGCACGUCGUGGCCGGCGCGCCGCGGGCGCUGCACUGGAUAGCUACGCUUGCUGCACAACUACUGCAAGCGUUGGUGGCGUGUGUGCUGCCCGUGUGUGUGCUGGCUGCUGCCGUCGACAAGGACAGCACGUUCGACCAGCCCGGGUUCAUAUGGGCACUGUGCGUACUUUUAGUGCUGGGAAUCUUGUCGUUCCUUGGUCUGGUGUACCUGGCCAGCACAUUGCUGAGCUACACGGCCGCCUCGACAGUCCUCGUCGUCAUCGCUUUUCUCUUCAGUCAAAUAACCCCCAACAUCCCGGAAUCCUCGAGCUUCUGGUACAAGCUCCUGUCGGUGCCGUACGCGCUGGUGGCGCCGCACACGCUCACGGCGGGCCUGCUGCAGCUGGCGUCCGCCGCGCAGACCAACGCCUACUGCCGCCUCAACCGGGCCCGCUGCCCGGCGCUGGUCGGCCCUGACAACUUUGAAACGGCCAAGUGUUGUGAUUCCCCUCCUGGCUCGGAGCCUUGGAGUUACUUCGCGACGGACGCCGCCGGCUGGCCGAUGCUUAUCCUCGCCUUGCAAGCCGUCGCAUAUUUUGUGCUAACGCUGCUGUCUGACAACGGGUUCCUGGAGCGCGUGUACGCGCGUGUAGCGGCGCGAGGCGCGCGGCCGCCGCGCCGCUACGGGGACGCCAUGGCGCGCGCGGAGACCGCGUACGUCGAGAAGGCCAUACAAUUACCUAAGCAGCAAAUCACGGACUCGAUCCUGUGUCACAACGUGCAGAAGUUGUACCCGGGAUGCUGCAAGCGGAAGCCUUUCUUUGCUGUCAAGGGUGUCAGCUUCUCUGUCAAGAAAGGAGAGUGUUUCGGCCUACUAGGAGUGAACGGGGCGGGAAAAACCACGACGUUCAAAAUGCUGACGGGGCUGACUAGCCCCACUGGGGGAGAAAUAUUCGCCAACGGGCACUAUGCAACCGAUCGAAACGCGUAUAUGCGCACGUUCAGCUACUGUCCGCAGUUCGCGGGUUUGGACGACUUCUUAACUGGCCGUCAGAACCUCUCGCUGCUGCUGACCCUGCGUGGUUUGCAAGACGAGGAUGUUGCCACCGUCUCCAACUCUUGGAUCGAGGAAGUCGAUCUAUCACGGCACGCAGACAAACGCCUAUCUUCAUACAGCGGCGGCUGUGCUCGCCGCCUGGCGGCUGCGGCGGCGCUGUGCCAGGCCGUGCGCGCCGCGCUGCUGGACGAGCCCACCGCCGGCGUGGACCCGCUGGCGAGGCGCCGCAUGCACCAGGCCCUGCUCAGGGCCAGGAGACACCACGAGCUCAUCAUCGCUUCCCACAGCCUGGACGAGAUGGAGGCGCUGUGCCACCGCAUCGCCAUCAUGUCGGGCGGCGAGCUGCGCGCGCUGGGCUCGGCCGCCGCGCUGAAGGCCGAGCACGCUCAGGGCUACUCCGUCGUGUUCAAGCUGAGCCACGCACAAGACGUGACGGACGGCGUGUCCAAACUCGACGAAUUCAAGGGCGAGCUGAACACGCGCUUCUCAUGCGAGCUACAGGAUCAGCACCAGAGCAUGCUAAGCUACCACGUGAAAGACUCUCUCCGCUACAGCGAGCUGUUCUCUCAGCUCGAGAACCUCCGAGAAAAGUUCCCUUCUAUAGUAGAAGACUAUACCGUGACAGAAACUACGCUCGAAGAAGUGUUCCUGGCUCUAGCCAAGGAGGCGCGCGCUGAGACCGUAUAGAUUUCCUACUAUGUUCAACUGCUGUCUUUAAGGUUAGAUUUUUCCUGUGAUUAAUGUAAAGAUUCCUAGCUUUGCAGGUCCUAUAUAUGGACUAAAAAGUUAAACAAAAACAGUGUCGAUUGAACCCCGCUUUGCGGGAUCUUCGGUAUAAUGCUUCGAAAAGUUUUGUAAUGGAGGUUAAGUACUGAAAAAUGCAAUGUGGAACAGCUAGUUGUUCUCCCAACUCGAGAACCUUCGAGAACAGUUCCCGUCUUAGGGUUGCCAUACGUCCCGUAUAUACGGGACUGCCACCGUAUUUAAGUAUCGCUUCCCGUAUUUUUUCCAGUAUGUUUCGAAUAAUUAUGGCAACCCUAUAUAUAGGGGAAGACUACCUCGAAGAAGUGUUCCUCGCUCUAGCCAUGGAGGCGCGCGUUGAGACCUCUAUACGUUAGUUCAACUGAUUUUAUAUCUAAGGUUAGACUUUUGCUAUCAUUGUUUUAAAGACGGGCGCUUUGCGGGUCCUUUGUUUGGGCCACAUUACUCAACUGAUGAGCCUCGCUUUGCCCCCGCAAAGAGGGACAAAACCGAUCCUAAGAUGGUCGGCAAGGCUCGGAAACCGGUUAAAUUUCUAAAUCAUUACCGUGUACUUGGCGCAAAACCUUUUAAUUUUGGUUUCGUUCGUGAAACCGUUAUUUUAAAACCGGAUUUUAGGAGAACAUUACCAAUAAAGUUCUUGCCUAUUAACCGGUUUAGAACAAUAAAAACCGGUUUCUUCCUAUGUCGGUAGGCAUCUUUAUUUACGCGGCAUACCACCAGGCCGGCCGGCCGUCUCAUCGCUCAUCGAAUAAACCGGUUUAUUUUGUUUACAAUAAAGUUCUUAAGACAUUCGAGUUCUUAUGAAAAUUCGGAGUAAACCGAUAUUGUAUCCAAUAUAAGAGUUUCGGUAUUCUAGUUGCUGUGAAAACGGAGUUUGCAAGUCCUAGGUAUAGGCCAAUAAAUUUAACAAAACAUGGCUUGGAGUGGUCUCCCUCAAAGUGCCGAUUGAGCCCAGCUUUGAGAGGUACUUUUAUAGUCCAAGAUUUUGGAAAGGCUAGCACCGGAAAAAAAUUAAGUUUGACUGCCCGAUCUAUAAAGGUUUUGCGCCAAGUACAAGAUAACGGUUUGGAAAUUUAACCGGUUUCCGAGCCCUGCUCAAGGGGUUGAGACUGUAUACCUCACUCAAGUAAACAUUCCUUCAUGCCUUCAUUUUCAGUGCGGGUCUAUUUUAAGACGAGCCUUGGUACGCGUUAUAUUUUAAUCAUUAGGCAUUAUCAUUUAUUUAUUGCACUUCAUUCAUUGUUUUACUACACUGUUCAUAUUCCAACACCAUGACGAUCACCACCGCCAUACCACCAUGACGAUUUUGAAUGACAAUUAUAUAAUUUUUUUUCGAACCUUCGUUGGCAAACAAUUAAGCAUAAGGCCCGCCUGAUGGUAAGCAAUCACCGCAGCCUAUUGACGCCUGCAUCUCCAGAGGUGUUACAUGCGCGUUGCUGACCCUUUAAAAACCUGUGCACUCCUUUUAUGAAGAACCCCAUAUUGCAGUAGACCCUCGGCAAAACCUCGGCAGGAAGCUCAUUCCACAGCCGGAGCGUUCGCGGGAGGAAAUUCCUCUUAAACCGCACAGUACGCGACCAUUUAGGCUCUAGGGUGUGAGGAUGAACACCCUGCCGACGGCGAGCGGUGCGGUGAUAGAAAGUGGCCGUUGGCAUCAUGUCAAACAAUAACAUUUUAAAAGUUUUAUACUUAUAUUCAAUGGUACAUUUAAAAAACAAAAUCUGAACAAAUAUUUAAAAUAUUUUAGUGUGUACUGUUGGCUUGGUUGUAUCGUAAUCGGCUUUGGUAGUGUGUAUUUUAUUAAGAAUGUAUAACAUUAUACAAUAAAAACCAAUAAACCCACCUACCAAUGGGAUAUAGGUUAUUAACCCUUUGAACGCCAAGAACCCUUAACUUUUUCGACGCCGUGUCAAACACAAAAGCUGUCACUCGAAGUGCUAUGGCGUUAGUCGUAAUUUGUAUUUCUUUGCAGAUCGGAUACUCCACCGAACACUGUCUAUGACCGUAAUAAGAUUCAUAUACUAGCCGUGUCUUAUCCAACCUCGACAUUGGCAGAAUCAUCAACACCUUGAUGGAGCCAUAACACGAAAAAUUGAUUGAUUGAAGUGCUAUGGCGUACGUUGUCAACGUAACCUUAAUCGUUUCCAGUACGGUUUAUAUGUGCUCACUUAUGCCAGGGAUAUUGGCGUGUGCACGACGUUCUUGAGUUUCACAGACGGCGUUCAAAAGGUUAAAAACAUCACAGUUCAAAUUAAAAACAUAAUACAAAAAUAAAAUACUGAUAGGUGUAAUUAACAGGUGCUUUCAGUAAUAACAAAACUUGUCACAAAGGUUGUCACUAGUCGUAAAGUCGUAUUUUGUAAGAAAUAAAUAACGAAAAUGUGGCCUUGUUACUUCCGACCGAUUUUUGAAAUGCCUAGCAGCAUUUUUUCUACAACUAGUAACCCUAACAUAAACUACCUACUUUUUUAUUUUUCUAGCAAAGAAGAUACAAACAAGGUGUAGAACCGGUUUAAAAUAUACCGGUUAAUACCAGAGUUAACAAAUAGUGGUAGGGUUGCUAAGACAAAACUGUAACUUCAUGGCAAGCCCAUUUCGCACGCACACAUUUGAGCCAUAUAUGCGUGCGUGCACACACACGCAGGCGUGUACACACGUUUGAGCCAUUCACCGCUCGCUCUUUGAUAUGUGAAUGGGUGCAUGUCGGGCGUAAACACAUAUGGCGUUAUUCAUAAACGCUUUACUGGCCUGAAAUAGCGAUGAAUUGUUUGUCUUUAUCUGUCAUUUUGACUGAUGUAUUUGUAAGAAAGAGAUAAAACAUAAUUGAAUUAAAUCAGUAAAGCUUUAUGAAUAUAGCGGUAAUAAAUCAGCAUGGUAUGAAAUCACAAUUUUUGCCUUAGCGACCCUAUUCAGUUGACCGUACCACUCUCUGCCUAUAUCAGGGCUAUAACCGCGAAAAUCGAAGUUCGUCAAUGCGGGCAUUUUUCUCUGUCACUCUAAUUACGUCUUAGUGAGAGUAAAAGAGGAAGAUACCCGCAAUUCGAGAAUUUCGAUUUUCGUGGUAGGCCCCCUGUUAUGUAGCAUUAACCGGUAAAUUUGCAUGCCGGUGUGUUUUGGUUUGGCUCCGACGUUUUAACACACCUUAGGCUUAAGGCGAAUUUUAGCUACAGUUACGGACUUUAAUUGUUACGCUAUUUAGGGUUUGCUUUACAUUGGCCAUUUCAUACCGUUAUUAUUGAAAACCAAAUAAGCUUGAACACUAUAUUGAUCAGCAAUUAAAAGUCUGUGACCGUACGGUAACAACAACAACGUAUGAAGUUCUAAAUGAAGAAUAUGUACAGAUGUAGUGAAUAAUCCGUUCCCAUCGUAUUUUCUCGAAAACGUUCGUAUUUGUCACGCUACUUCAGUCAACCUCAGUACAUUUUGUACUGAGACCGACUGAAAUAGCAUAACACGUUCGUACGUUUCCGUAAAAAAACGAUGGGAAAAGAUUAUUCACUACAUCUGUAUUAUGGUACCCUAAAAAAUAUUUUAUCCUUGUUUAAUUAAGGCUUAAUAUUUUAUUUAGCACCAAGUAAUCUCAAUGUUCUAGCACUUAGAUUAAGUAUGGGCAUUAUAAGUUCCCAAAGAUUAAAAAGUAUUGAAGCAGGAGAAUAAUUGAAGUAUUAUGGGAUGUGUACUGAUUUUAUAGAGGCUUGUUUUGCUUGACUGUUUGUUGUACAUUCCCUUAUACCUAUAAUUAGGCUUUCUAUUUAUGUAGUAUUUUAUAGUAAAAGACGAGAAAAUAAAAUAUAGCAAACAUAGGAUACCGAAUUGAAAUACAGGAGGAACCCGUAAGAUUUUAACCACGAAUAUCUCAGGCCAAAAGAAGGCAAAAAUGUUAUAUGAGUUUAGGUUGUAUUUCGGCAAAAAAAAAAAAACAUUUUUUUUUUUUCGUUUUUUUUUUAUGUAUUUCUACAUAAAAAUCAAUAGUCAUUAGUAAACCGGUUACUUAACAUGGAUCUUUACUUGUUUUUCGUAAAACCUAGUUUUUGCAAAGUGUUGUUUUUUUUUUUUACAUAUAGAUAUUUAGACUGCGUCCCAUAGGAAUGUCGCCAUCAAAAAGGCGUUUAUCACCAAGUAAUACUAAAAAUAUGGUUUUUUACAAUUAGCUUGAACUUUAAAACUAGGCGAAUUCCAGAAAAGUUUAUAGGACAUUUUAUUCUUUAAAUAUGAAUACACUAUUAAAUUCUUUCAGGUUCCUCGUAAAACACCGUGUAUAUUGCUUGGUUUGUAAACAAGCAAAAAUUUAUCCUAAUAUUGCAAAUAAUAAGCGACAUUGGUAUUCGGCUUUGUACAAAUGGAUUAAAAAUAUAGAAGUAUUAUAUUUAUAAGCAGAUUAUAGGCAGGUCCUAAGAAGUGCUCAAGGUAGCUCUCUAAAUAGCAGCUUAAAACUUAUAUAAUCCUGCGUACCAAAAUAGUAUGUACAUAAUUAAAGUGUAAAUUAGGUAAAAAUAUAUUUUUAAAGCCAAUGGGAGUGGGAUGUUUAACACACCUUUACCCUAACGAGUUAAGACACACAUGCCGUGCAUCAGCCCGUGUCUCAGAAAAUUUAAAACAGCUUGGGUUUAUCACGGUAUGUCAUGAGUCGCCCUUAAACCAGAACUGACGCAUUCCUAUUCGAUAAGUAUUGUUUUCAAUAUGAUAGACCCUAUUAACCUAUUUCAAUAUGAUAGACCCUAUUAACCUAUUUCAAUAUGAUAGACCCUAUUAACCUUUUCGCCGCCACGUCAAUGAGGUAAUAGUGUCGUCAACUACACGUAAAAAAUUGCACGUAUACAAACCUGACCAAAACCACGACUUGAUAUGAAGUAGUGACGUAUGGGGCACGAAAUGUACAGACUUUAUAUAAGUCAAUGGCGGCAAACAGGUUAAAUCGGUCAUAACCCUUUGAUUGCUACGCUUAUUAUAUACAAUGCGACAACGUAACUUAUGGAAAUGAACGAAGUAAUAGUACACUGUACCAUUGCGUGUUGGCUGUCAGAGGGUGAAGAAGGAACCCUAUUACAAUAUAAUUUUAUAAACAUUUUUUUAUCAACAUAUUUUAAUUAAUAGUAGUAAGUUUGUCCAAAGGAAUAGAAGUAUAAAAGGCUUGUAAGCUUAUAAUACAUAUAAGGAACGGAAUAUGAUAUUGAUCAUAUAUAUAUGUGUAUAUUUGAAAUAAUAUUCUAAUAAUUUAAUUUCAUUCAUUUAUUCCUAUAUCUAUUUAUUAUAACAUUAUAAUGUCUAGCAGUAGGGCUAAGAUGGUCGGCUCCUUAUCAUUUAUCACUAUGCCUGUCACGUUCUAACAAGUAUGUAAGCGCGAAAGUGACCGACAUAGUGACAAGUGAUAAAAAUGGAACCAUGCUGCCGUCGCAGUGGGACCAGGUGAUUAACUCUUUUACAACAUAAUGUCUUCUCAUAAAUUAAGAAAUUAAGUUUUCAAGAUACGUUUUAACAUUAGUUUCAAUUUGCUAAAGUUCAAUUCGAACUAUAACUCGUAAAAUUAAGGUUGCAAUUCCAUUGGCACGCAUGUGGUCCAUAAAUCGCUGUAAAAGAGUUAACGUUGAUAUCUGGCUGGCAACUGCCCAAGUCUCGAGGUAUUCGUUAAAUUAAUCUGUGUCUUUUGUUUAAUUAAACUUAUAAUCACAUUUAUUUUAAGCCUUAUAAUAUAAGAACCGGUACCGACUUUUCUAAUCCCAAAAUUUACCGAUCAAAUUCCCUAAUUCCCUUUCACAUUAUAAAUCCUAUCUCUACAAGAUUACUCGUAUCGGCUAUCGCAGCCGAAACCGAUAUAUAGGGAACUAUUUUGGAGCUAUUAAGUGGAUGUGAAGGGGCCCUUAUGCGGUGCGUCCGGAUAUGGAAAAUGCACCGACGGCGCGCCAUUCCCGAACCAUUGCGCCAAAGGAUCGCUUGUAUAUCGUUGUAUUGCUGCUAUCUCUUACUUGAUACUUGUUUCGGUGAAAUGUCGGAACACACCAAAACGAUAAUCGUAUGGAAGGUAGAGGCAAGGAACAGAAUCCCCUUAGGCAGAACUGUUGCAAGUGUCCAGCUGUCAGCUAUAAAUGAUAGUUCCAAAUCUCUCCAGGGUAGCGCUAGAGUAGCUAAGAACCAAGGCGUUAUUGAGGGAGUGAAGUGCGCUGUCUAUGACUAGAUUUUUUUCUCAAGUAUUCUAGGUAUUGUAGCGCCACCUAUUUAUGAUUUUUUGUCGGACACUUUUUGGUUUAUGGAGAUUCUGUUCCUUGCCUCUACCUUCCAUAAAUAAUAGUAUUGAAAUGUCAAGUAAUUGCCAAGUAACGCCAUUUUGAAACUUGGCGUGCAGCGUAGCGCGCGUGCAAUUCCAGUUCGCAAGUUAUUCGCUAAUGGCGUGAUAGCGGUGUAUUCGCCAGAUCUGGACGGACUUGUUGUAUGUGUACUUACGUUAGCACGAUAUUACAAUAUGUAAAAAGACUGCAUGUAUACACCAACUAUUUUGAUUUUUUGAAUAAACACUUAUUGUUGUAAUCUA